UCUGCCUGUAUGAGCGGUCUAUUACCCAGCCGCCUGUGUGCACCGGUAGGACAGCUCGGUUAUGAACUCACCCUCGUACUCCCGUGUUCCGCUCACUAAGUAAACAUAGCAGCGGGGGCAACUUCUCAAACUUUCCCCAAAGUGUACGAAGCAGCAGGCGGGGCGGCAGUGACGCUCCCUCCCGGCCAGGUCCCCGCUCUUCCGGCUCCAUGUGUUUGUUAUGUCCGCAGGACAGGAACAGAAGCCUCAUAAGAGAGAGCGCUGUGUGCCGGCCCGGGCUCUACAUGUGCAGGGAGGGCAGGUCUGGGGCCUAGGACGACCGGGGACAGUCACAUGGACAAGGCAUUGUGGGACAAAGCAGGAGACGUUGGGGGUCUGGAGGGAUUAAUCAGAUCCAGUUCACAAUUGGGAUGCCCUGAAAAGAAGAAGCGCAAAUCAACUGUGCAGGGGGCUACGCUUCUUCCUCUCUCAGAAUAUGCUCCACCAACAAGCACAAGCUCGGACCAUCUAAUUGCCUCCAAUCCUUUUGAUGAUGAUUAUAGUAUAUCCCCUCUCUCUGGGUACACUUAUUUUGGAAAACCAGGAUAUGCCAAUGUCGAAGCCUUUAACACUUUUAAAAUGCCACCUAACACAUCACCAAAAAGGUCUUCUCGUAAUGGCGGCUUACAAAACUUCAAAGAUCAGCCACUGUGUUUUCCAAAAGAAAUGAAAAGUAUGUCUAUGGGGAGAAUAUUCUCCUUCAGCAAUGUACAAGAAAAAUCACCUUUUGAGAAUGAGACCUUUUUUAACAGUGGACUUGGACAAACUAUUUCGAUGCCCGGGCAGCACUUUAGACCUAACAUUAAUCAAGAUGUCUUUCAUAUGACAAGUCCCAACCCUGGCCAACGAAACAACUUUCAUCCACUCCCUUAUAGGGCUCAAGGUGGCAAAGCACACUUAAAUCAGCAACCCGAGGGAUACCACCUAUUUGAAGUGGCACAACCUUACUUUAUGCAUCCAAAAAUGUCUCACUAUAAGCAAGAAUCUCAUUCUCCAUCCAAUAAAAAUUCUAACUUGAACCCAACUACAAAUAAAGACAAAUCCAGUCCGGCUGACUUCACCCAACCGACUACUGAUAUACAGGGUUCUAAAAAACACACAGCCCAUUUAGAAAAUUUACAGCCUGAAACCAUAGACUUAACUACUUGCGGUCCUGGUAAUGGAGUCCACAGCAAGGCUUCACUUUCUAAACUUUCAAAAAGAGACGUGACAUCUAGUGAAAAGUGCAAUAGGUGGCUUCUCCAGUCCAGUUUUUGUGGUCCCGUUGACACAGUGAACCCAUGUGGUAUUUGCUCUGUUGAAGUUAAUAAUGUUGGGGAUGCCAUUAUGUGUGAAGUUUCUUGUCAGAAGUGGUUCCAUCGAGCAUGCACUGGGAUGACCGAGAUUGCCUAUGCACUACUUACAGCAGAAGCCUCCGCAAUUUGGGGUUGUGAUACUUGUUUGGCAAAAAAGGAUGUUCAGUUUGUGCGCACACGCAAAUAAACCACCCACGUUCUCCAGAAUUAAUAUGGAUUAAGAGAACAGUGUUGGUAAAGUGAACCAAGCCAUAUCCUUUCUAACAUUUACAAUUGAUGCCGGAGAGGGCCUCCCUUACAGCACUGAGUCCCAUUUAAUCUUUUCUGUUAAAACCUCAUCAUUCAGCAGCAAUAAUGGAUAGGGACCCCCAAGGACUGAAUGCCCUAGUUUAAUUGGGACACGUUUUUUUUCCAUCCAAGGUUCUCAAUUCAAAUCUUGAAUCUUAUUGAUAUAAAUAUGAAGAUUUUUGCUGUUCUUAAUGUUUUUUUUUCUUCAUCUGUGGGAUGAUCUGAACUAUAUAUGCUGCUCUGAGAUCUUUUGCACUAUUUAGAGUAACAAUAUUUUUUAAUACAGAUCAUUAUUAUUAUUAUUAUAAUUUUUUUUUUUUUUUGGGCAGCACGAAGUUUGAGAGAGUCAGGAAAUCGGAUAAUUCUGGGAAUUGCACUAGACGUUCUGUACUGAUGACUGACUUGUUUGUGCGAGGUUAUCAUUAGAAAUGUUUAUUAAUCACAGCACUUGUCCCUUUAAAUGGGAUCUCUAGAUUUUAUUAUAAUGUCUUGAAUAUUUAUACAGUUAGCACAUCUGGGUAUUGGAUUAGUUGUUUGGGUUGGAGUUGUUUGCUUUACUUCUACAAUACCUGUCUGGAUAGAAGUACCUGGCCUGUAUGCCUGUUGUGACACUGGGGGACGGUUUGCAAUAUUUAUAUUUAAUUAGUUGACUGCAGAUAAUCAGAAUAGACACCUAACUUUAUAUCCAUUGCUUUUGGCAAGUAGUGUGUUAAAGAUUGAUGGAAAUAAUAAAACAUAAGCACCUCAGGUCAAAUGCUUAUCUGUUGCUUUCAUUUUCACAUUCCUGAAGGCUUGAACCUACUAUGUGAUCAUACAGAAAUGUAAACCUUGGAAAUUGGGGAAUAAUGGCUAGUCUAUUUUAUUGUUACAUUUAAUGUAACUUUAAUGGUUUUGACCUGAAGAACAAUUUUUAUGAUUUUAUCAUGUAUUUGGGGCUUUAUCUGCUUUACAAACAUUUUUGUUUCUUCAUAUUGUAUUCUUACAAUGGUAUAUGUUUUCAGACAAGUAGAAGAUUUUUAUAAAGUACCAUGCCCUCGGAGACCGGCAGAAUAUUUUUCUCUACUGAUAAUUGGUAUAAUAAAAGAUGAUU